AUGGAUGCAUCACGACAAUAUGACCCAGACUCCGGGCAGGUAUUCCGAGAAUGGACUGUGAGGCCCCAGCGCCUCUCGCAAAACAAGACUGGCUGGGAGCGACAGCCUCCAAACUCCCGGAAACAACCAAAACUUGCCGGCACUAGUGCCCUACGUGGCUCAAAGGGACCAAACUCUCUCAUGGACAUGGCAAUCAGUGUCGUCGGUGAGAACAUCGAGCUCGUUGAGAUGGAAACACUGCGAUAUUUCCCCGAUGAGCUUCUCUGGUACAUCUGGGAUUACCUGGAUGAACCUGAAAGAGGAUUCAGCCUUCAUGCCUGGAAAAUUUUUGCAAGUUAUCUCCCACAUAAGAAAUGGAAGCAUCCUCGGAAGGAGCAUUGGAAUAGGGGGCCACGUGGCCAAACCUUUCAGAAGAAAUUUGACAAUCCGAAUGCGCCGCUAUCCUUAUAUACCAAACCAUUAAUCUCACCGUACAGCGACUUCCUCACUCGUCUCACCAUAAGCGGAGGUGCCUCCUUUGGAGUCAAUGAAAUGCUCAACAUUCCAGACUUGUGUAACCUUGUCGCUUUGGAGAUUACACAGCCAUUCGAGGCUACUCAAGCUGCCGUCUUUCCCCGAGUUAGCGAUCGAGUUUUAAAGGAAUGGGCGAGUACGCCCAACGUGUUCCCAAACUUGCGGUUUCUGACAAUCUGGGGCCGAGACUUCACCACGCCCAAGUCCUUCCAGUAUGUCUCCAAAUUCUCGGCACUCGAGGUGUAUGACGUUUUCGGUUCCGAGGGGGAUUGGGUUCGGAGGGACGACUGGCAUCCUGCUUGGAAAUUGUGCAAGUCGGGCUCUCGAGCUCGAUUACCACAUGUGGAAUCUCGGCCUCUUGCAAAUAUUGUUCUCGGCAAAGAGUUGACUUUAUGUGAGGGCGGCAUUCGACGUGUCUUCAAGCGAGUUAACGAACAAGAAUCUCAGCCUCAGUCCUCAGAUUCCAACAUCGACUCAACAGUGAUUGCUCGUAAACGGGUGUCCAACGCAGAGCCUGAUGAGAGCAGCCGCAUCCGUCCAAAGAAGCUAAGGGAUGCAAAAGAUGUGUUUGCACAGUUCGGGCUGUAG